AUGAAACUAAGAAAGGUCACGAAAGAGAAAUACAGAUCGGACGAGUUGGACAAAAGAGGAAACAACAAUCGUCUCGCCAGUUUGCUGCCCGCCACUCGCAGCUUUCAUGAGAAUCUGCUUUUCAUGGAGAAAGAUCAUCGCUGGUGGACAUGUGAAACGCCCAUUGGCACGAUUCGUGGGGAGAUCGACUUCUUGCCAACCGGAGAUAUCCACAUAUCGGCUGACAUAUCGGCAGUUCCAUCCUUUUGCAGUGAUUCAGAUCACCGUCCUCUUCGUGCGGAAGUUCGACUCAGCGACUUGAUGAAAUCGGCAAAGGAGGAAAGAGGCCCUGUACAACGUUAA